GGCUGCGCAGUGAAGGCGGGAGGCGGUCCUCGGCCCGGCCCGGAACGGGGACCGUGUCUCCGCGCUCGGGAGGAAAGCAAACGAGCGAACGUGCGCCGCCUGGCUUCUGGCGUUCCCGCGGCUUCUCUGCGCGGCAGUAUGGGGCCGGGGCCGCGGACCGUGGAGCUCUUCUACGACGUGCUGUCCCCUUAUUCCUGGCUGGGGUUCGAGAUCCUGUGCCGAUACAAGAACAUCUGGAACAUCCACCUGCAGUUGCGCCCGAGCCUCAUUGCAGGGAUCAUGAAAGACAGUGGAAACAAGCCGCCAGCUCUGCUUCCCCGCAAGGCCCAAUACCUGACAACUGACAUUAAGCUCCUGAGUGAACAUAUGCAGGUUCCUCUGCAGUUCCCCAAGGAUUUCUUCUCUGUGAUCCUUGAAAAAGGAAGUCUGUCGGCCAUGCGCUUCCUCACCGCUGUCGACAUGGAGCACCCGGAGAUGCUGGAGAGAGUGUCCAGGGAACUGUGGAUGCGUGUCUGGUCACGGGACGAAGACAUCACGGAUCCUCAGAGCAUCCUGGCAGCCGCAGAGAAGGCCGGCAUGUCAACACAGCAAGGCCAGGGGCUUCUGGAGAAGACCUCGACACCACAGGUGAAGAACAAGCUCAGGGAGACCACCGAGGCCGCCUGCAAGUACGGGGCCUUUGGGCUGCCUGUCACUGUGACCCACUUGGGUGGCCAAACCCACAUGCUCUUUGGCUCUGACCGGAUGGAGUUGCUGGCGCACCUGCUGGGGGAGAAGUGGAUGGGCCCUGUGCCCCCAGCCGUGAAUGCCAAACUUUAAGGAUGCCCAGAGGAAGCAAAGCCUUGCACUCACCCCUGCUCCACCGAGGGGUGCCGGGAUGGGGACCCCUCUGUGGCCCUGGCUGGGGUGCAUCGUCUGCGUGACUCUCACAGCUGCUCCUCAGUGCCUUGCAAGAGCCCCAGACUCUGCCUCCCCCGGAAUAAACCAAAUGCCCCUGAUGCAGCA